AUGGCUACCGUCACGCAAAAGCCGUCGCGGACUGCAGCCUCCCGGCGCCGUUGUCGUCCGGCCGUGAAGGAGGUGGACCGGAUGGAGGGAGAGUAUGAAGGCAGCAGCGACCUAGAGGUCACCAAUGUCGUCCGCAAGGAGGUGGACGUCGAUUCUUAUAUUCAAAGUAAGCAUCUGCCAACAUUCUACUCGAAUGAGCUCCGUGCAUGUAGCUCACGUUCCGGCAAAGACGUCGUCGAAGAGCCAGACGAUACUUCCGAGACCGCCGACGAAACCGACUAUGCUGAAGAUGAGGAGCGGGAAUCGGAGCCACGGAGGCACAGCCAGCCGCAAAAAGUCGAGUUCUCCGACGAUGACGAUGCGGAAGCCGCCUACAAUGCGUUCAAGAACCGAAAAGCAGUGAAGAGGAAGCGUGCUGUGGCCAUCACACGAAAGGCCAAGGCUGCGGCUGCGAGCAAGUCGAGCAUGGUUGGGCGCCGCGUUCGUCCCCGCAAGUCAGGAGGAGAUGAAGACAAGCCUGGUCUGUACAGGAAUAGAACGUUUGAGGGCACCUACGAUGAGGAUGCGGAUGAGCUGAUGGACGAGGUUCUCCCUGACUAUAUUAAGAAGAGGAAAAGCAAAUUCGAGGAUGCACGGGAAAGGUUAGGUGAAGCUGGACUUCUGAUACCUCCAGACUUUGAUGAGGUCGAUUUCUCCGACGAUGAGAGGUUGGAAAAUCUCCGCGAGAAGCCAUCUUUCCCCGACCGACAGCCUCUCCGGAAGUACGAGGACAUCGUCAUGCCGACAACGGCAGGCGUGAUACCUGCAUCACAUGCUCAAUGGCUUCGCGACUAUCAAAUCAAAGGGGUCGAGUUCCUGCACGAGAAGUUCGUUUAUCAGCGGGGUGGGGUACUCGGCGAUGAUAUGGGCCUGGGCAAGACCAUUCAGGUCAUCGCCUUUCUCACUGCCGCUUUUGGCAAGACGGCGGACGAGCGCGAUCAGAAGCGUAUGCGUAAGAUGCGCCAAUACGACCGAGACUAUCCAAGGGCUCUUAUCAUCUGCCCAGGUACUCUUCUGGCGAACUGGAAGUCUGAACUCAACGAUUGGGGCUGGUGGCACGUUUACACCUACCAUGGCUCGCUUGCCGAUAAGGACGCAGCAUUGCGAGCCGCUACCAAAGGGCGUGCCGAGAUCGUGCUGACGACAUACACCACAUAUCGGAAUAACAGAAGCGAGAUCAACACCGUUGACUGGGACUGCGUGAUUGCGGACGAAUGCCACAUUAUCAAGACUCGAACGUCCGAGAUCACCCAGGCCAUGAACGAAAUCAAUUCUCUUUGCAGGAUAGGUUUGACUGGAACAGCAAUUCAAAACAACUAUUACGAGUUAUGGACGCUCCUCAACUGGACGAAUCCCGGCAAAUUUGGCGCGCUCGCAACUUGGAAGCAUUGCAUCAGCGAUCCUCUCAAGAUGGGCCAAGCCCAUGAUGCUACAUAUCAACAGCUUGCCAAAGCCAGGAAAACGGCCCAGUCUUUAGUCAACAACCUGCUCCCCCAGUUUUUCCUCCGUCGGAUGAAGUCGCUGAUUGCCCGUGAGCUUCCAAAGAAGAGUGAUAGAGUUGUAUUCUGCCCCCUUACGAAAUCGCAAUCCGAAGCAUAUGAGAGUUAUGUUAAUGGCGAUCUUGUUGACUACAUCCGGCAGUCUACAGAUCCUUGCGACUGCGGCGAGCCUAACAAAAAGCGAGGCUGGUGCUGUCAUACUGAAAUUCCCGGUCACGGCAAAUGGCAGAAUCAUGUGUUUCCUUCUAUUGCAACGCUACAAAAGCUCUCCAAUCAUCUAGCGCUCAUCAUCCCAAGCAGUGCCGAUUCACAAGAGAAACAGGCUCGUGACCUCGAUGAUUUACAGAUCGCCAUGCCGGAUCAGUGGAAAGACCUUUACCGUCAGCGAGACAGCAUCAUGAACUUUGCAAAGCAGGAAUACUGUGGCAAAUGGAAAGUCUUGAAGAGACUGCUCCAGUUUUGGCAUUCGAACGGCGACAAAGUCCUGGUCUUCAGCCAUAGCGUACGGCUCUUGCAGAUGCUGCGGAUGCUCUUCGCAAGCACGACGACCUACAAUGUCAGUUACCUCGAUGGUGGAAUGAAGUACGAGGACCGCCAACGAACCGUCAACGACUUCAAUGCCGACCCCGGACAGUUCGUGUUUCUCAUCAGCACAAGAGCGGGUGGUGUGGGGUUGAACAUUGCUUCGGCAAACAAAGUGGUGGUGUUCGACCCUAAUUGGAACCCUGCGUAUGACCUGCAAGCCCAGGAUCGAGCCUACAGGAUCGGACAAACCCGCGACGUUGAGGUCUUCCGUUUGAUCAGUGCAGGGACUAUCGAAGAGAUAGUCUACGCACGUCAGAUUUACAAACAGCAGCAAGCAAACAUCGCGUACAAUGCUUCGAACGAGAGGCGUUACUUCCGCGGGGUGCAAGACCAAAAGGAACAGAAGGGAGAAAUCUUCGGACUGGCAAACCUCUUCUCCUACCAAAGCGACAACAUCGUGCUUCGAGACAUUAUCUACAAGACGAAUGUCGCAGAAUCCAAGGCCGGUGUCACGGUAGUCGGCAUGGACGAAUACAGUCAAGACGAUGACGACGAUCCUCUGUCAGAUUGCGACCGCGAAGACGCCGUAAUGAGCCAAAUAUCGGACAUGAUCAAGAGCGGAAGCAUCCAUGAACUGACGAAGGAUCUAAAAUCCUCCCCGAAAAAGACGGAUGCUGUCCAAGCGAUCCUUGCAGGAGCUGGCGUGCAGUACAUGCACGAAAACUCAGAGGUCAUUGGCACUUCGAGAGUGGAAGCCCACCUCAGCAGAAGGGCGGCGGAGAACGAGAACGAUGUUGACUACAUCGACAAGCACGUCUUUGCGCCGAGUCAGGGUCAAAGCCAAGUGGUCGGGGAUGAGAUCGACCUCGACGGGGCCGCCAGCGAUGAAGAGGCGCAGACGAUCAGAUACAAAUACAGGCCCAGCGAAGAGGUGCGGAUGCGUCAGCUCUGCACGAUGGCAAAAGUGUUUGAGUUCGAUGAUGUCACGGAGUUUGCACUGGUGGUCGAGAGCUGGACGCAGGAGCAGAGGAGGAACUGCCUAGACAGUUUCUACCGUCUCAGGAGAAGGCAGCUCGGCUCGGGUGGGGAGGAAAAGGGGGGGAGGUGA